CUUAUGUCCCGUCGGUGGAUAGUAAAAAUUAUAAUAAAACACACAUUUUGGUUGCGUCAAUCAAAACUAUGUACCUGCAUUUUGCAUAUUAAAUUCUAGAAAUUGAGAUACCCAAUUUCAGUGUCUACACUUCAACAAUUCUUCUUUCAUCAAUUUCUUGACUUCAGGCCACAUUUGAUUCAACCAAAAAAAAAUGCAUACAAAAACUGAUUCAGAAGAUACGAGCUUGGCUCCUUCAUCGCCGGACAAUAGUCGACCGACGGCGUAUUACGUUCAGAGUCCGUCACGUGACUCUCACGAUGGCGAGAAGACAACGACGUCGUUUCACUCUACUCCUGUUAUCAGUCCCAUGGGUUCUCCUCCUCACUCUCACUCAUCCGUCGGCCGUCACUCCCGUGAUUCCUCCUCUUCCAGAUUCUCCGGCUCCCUCAAGCCUGGAUCUCGGAAGAUUUUACCCGACGCCGCCGCCGGCGUCGGCGGUCGUCACCACCGCAAAGGGCAGAAGCCCUGGAAGGAAUGUGAUGUUAUUGAGGAAGAAGGGCUACUUGAAGAUGAUAGAUCCAGUAAAUCUCUUCCACGUCGUUGCUAUGUCCUUGCUUUUAUUGUUGGUUUCUUCAUCCUUUUCUCUUUCUUUGCUCUCAUCCUUUGGGGUGCUAGUCGACCUCAGAAACCCAAAAUCACCAUGAGGACCAUAAAAUUUGAUCAUUUUGGGAUUCAAGCUGGUUCUGAUGCUACAGGAGUAGCAACUGAUAUGAUCUCCAUGAAUGCUACUGUGAAAUUCCUUUACCGUAAUACUGCAUCAUUUUUCGGUGUACAUGUCACAUCAUCCCCUCUUGAUCUCUCAUAUUCAGAACUCACAAUUGGAUCCGGAGCUAUGAAGAAAUUCUACCAAUCAAGAAAGAGCCAAAGAGUUGUAGCUGUAUCAGUUAUAGGGAACAAGAUUCCAUUAUAUGGAGGUGGAGCAAGUUUGAGCACCCCAUCAGGGGCGACGCCAUUGCCAGUGCCACUAAAAUUAAACUUCAAGCUUCGAUCAAGAGCUUAUGUUUUAGGUAAAGUGGUAAAGCCCAAGUUCUACAAGACAAUUGAUUGUUUACUUACUCUUCAUCCCCAGAAGAUGAACGCUGCAAUUUCACUAAAGAAUUGUACCUACACUUGAUUAUGGAGCUAUCUGAGUUGGUAAAGUUUUGAUCUUUUUCUCAAAUCUUGAUUGUCAACAAAGUGAAUUGAUAGCUAUUGGGGCUGUUUGUGGUCUCUAUCUUUUGCCCCACUUACCAACUUUCUCUCUGGAGUGGAAUGUGGACAGGCUGUGUUACAUGUUACAACAAAUUUUCCAACUAGCCGCUACUGGAAAAUGGACAGAACAAGAAUGUGACAAUUAUUCAUUUCUCAUGUUAAUUCACCUUGUUAUUAUAUAAUAAUCUAUACCAAUAUAUAGAUUGAUUUGUUUAUUGGUUUUGGAAGUUGAAUAGUACUUUUUUUUCCCAUUUUAUUAGUAAAUUAUUAGUGUGUAAUUCCAAGUUGUUAAUGAAUAAUGGUUUCUUGAGUUUCCACCA